UGUUCACGUGAAGAUAAUUUGUCGGUGACAGUGAAGGACAACAGAUGUGUGAGCGGGUCGUUACCUGAAGCUUUGAGCUUUAUUUCAACAUUUAAAAGAUUUCAAUAUUAAAAUCUUAUUGUUGGACUUUCCUCCGAGACGCGGUGAGUUCAGGCUCAGUGUCUAACAGCCCUCCUCGUCCCCAGCAGGUCAUCAUGGAGGGCGACAUGAGGACGCCAUUGUUGGCGAGUUCAACCUCUGGCGCCUCAGAGCCCCUGCAGCAGCGCCCGGGAGGCCCUGUUGUCGGCAUCAUCGGCUCCGGAGACUUCUCCCGCUCGCUGUCGAUCCGCCUGUUGGCCUGUGGUUUCAGGGUGGUGGUGGGCAGCCGUGACCCUCGCCGCGUCGCCAGGGGCCUGUUCCCCGACGGGGUGGAGCUGCGAUCACAGAGGGAGGCGGUGGAGGGAGCAGAUAAGGUGGUGUUCGCCGCGGUCUACCCAGACCACUAUCACACCCUGGUGGGGCUCAGGGAGCCGCUGGCCGGGAAGGUGCUGGUGGACGUCAGCAACGCCACCAGGCUGAACGGCGGGGGGCCGUCCAACGCGGAGAGGCUGGCGGAGUUCUUCCCAAAGAGCAAGGUGAUGAAGGGGUUCAACGUCGUCUCUGCGUGGGCGCUGCAGGCCGGAGCCCACGAUGGCAGCAGGCAGGUUCUGAUCUGCGGCGACUGCUCCGACUCUAAAGCCGCCGUCCUGCAGCUGGCCCGCCGCCUCGGCUUCAGCCCCGUGGAUCUGGGGGGUCUGUGCGCGUCCAGGGACAUCGAGGAGGCCCCGCUCAUGCUCUUCCCCUCCUGGGGAGGCCCCAUCUUGGCCACCUUCCUCCUCUUCCUCUUCUUCUAUGGUUACAGCUUUGUGAGGCACAUCCUGCUGCCCUACCUGGAUAAAGGAGAGAACAGUUUCUAUCAGCUCCCUCUGGUGACGGUCAACGAGGCGCUGCCGGCGGUCGCCCUGGUUACGCUGGCUCUGGUCUACCUACCAGGUCUGCUGGCGGCGGUGCUCCAGUUGGGACGGGGAACCAAAUACAAGAGAUUUCCUCGCUGGCUGGACUCGUGGCUGUGCGGGCGGAAGCAGCUGGGCCUGCUGAGCUUCCUGUGCGCCGCGCUUCACGCCGUGUACAGCGUGUGUCUGGCGCUGCGGAGGGCCGCGGGGUACACGCUGCUGAACGCGGCGUACCGCCAGGUGAAAGCCGGCGUUGAGAACUCCUGGGUGGAGCAGCAGGUGUGGAGGUCCGACCUUUACCUGUCCUGUGGAGUUCUGGGAUUCGGAGUCCUCGCUCUGCUGGCUGUCACAUCGCUGCCCUCUGUGGGAAAUGCCCUCAACUGGAGGGAGUUCACGUUUGUUCAGUCGGGACUCGGUUACGCGGCCUUAACUCUCUCCGUCAUGCAUACGUUGUUCUUCGGCUGGGACUUUGCCUUCUUCCCCUUCGCCUACCCUUAUUACCUGCCACCGGUCUACCUGCUGGCCCUCAUCCUGCCCUGUGCGGUCCUGGUGGGACGGAUCUUCCUGGCUCUGCCGUGCCUCACGUGGCAGCUGGCGAAGAUCCGCAGGGGCUGGGAGAGCGCCAGACACCGACCCCCGAACAUCCAGGAGCCAGCGGAGGUGGAUCCUCCUCGCAGCUUGGGUGACGUCUGAGAGUUCGAGACAGAAAGGGAAAGAAACCUGGACAACCCAGAGGAGUCUCUCUGUGAGUCUGGACUGAACCGGUCCGAGCAGCGACCCGGUCCAACAUCCUGCUGCUGCCUUCAGUUUGUUCGGACUUUUAAAAGAAAGAUUUCUUAUUUAUUUUUUGCAAAAGUUCCACUGUGCGGACAAAUACUGCAAAUCAGAGAGUUUACAUCACAUUAAUGAUGCCUCAGCUGUCAGACAUUACAACACACUGACGGAGUUAUUUUAAAAAUGGUAAAGGGACUUUUUGCUGUUUGCUGUUAUCGAAGGCUGCAACCAACGAUUGUUUUCUAGAUUAAUCGAUUAGUUGUUUGGUUCAUUAAACUGUCGAAGAGGACUGAAGAAAGCAGGAAAUAUUCACUUUGAAAUCCGAGAAUUUGGACAUUUUUUUCUUAAAGGCUCAAAACAAUUAAUCAACUGAUCGAUUAAUCGAUUAAUGGUUGCAGCUCUAGAGACUUUAUGCUUCAGCUCCAUGUUUUACAGUUUGUGUGAAGAAAGAAAGAUGAGACUUUACUGUUAUCUCUUUAUAUGUCGACAAAGAUAUAAUAUAUAUUUGUUUCUGAUUAUACUUUAAUACUUUUACUUAUAUUCAACAACAGCAUAUUCAAUGCAGUACUUUCCUUGUAAUGGAAUAUUUUUACACUUUAACUGUUUCACCUCUCGUUGCCACUAAGAAACGUUAUUGACUGAAAUAAAUCUGAUUCUGAGGUUUGUAUUUAUUUCUA